AAAAUAAAAAGGCAGAAAAAUUCGGCGGAAUUCGCUGUUGGAGUGAGUAUUCAUCGAGGCAAAGCUCGAAUUUUUGGUACUAUCCGAUUGGUGGCGAAGCAGCGGCGGAGCGAGAGAAAAUCGCUGUAGGAAUCGGGGGAGAAGGAGGAGUAGAUAGAGGGAGGUGGAUUGAGCUGUGGGAGGUUAGGUUGGUGAUUGGUAGAGGAGGAGGAGGAGGAGAUGGAGAGGAAGGUGGUGGUGGUGUGCGCGGUGGUCGGCUUCCUCGGCGUCCUCUCGGCGGCGCUCGGCUUCGCGGCGGAGGGCACACGCGUCAAGGUUUCAGAUGUGCAAACUUCUUCUCCAGGUCAAUGCAUAUACCCAAGAAGCCCAGCCUUAGCCCUAGGGUUAAUAUCUGCGGUUGCUCUUAUGGUCGCCCAGUCUAUUAUAAAUACAGUGGCUGGUUGCAUCUGUUGUAAGAGGCAUCCAGUUCCCUCAGACACUAACUGGAGCGUAGCUCUGAUCUCAUUCAUCGUGUCUUGGGCCACUUUCAUAAUCGCGUUCCUUCUCCUACUGACCGGAGCUGCACUUAACGAUCAACGGGGUGAGGAGAACAUGUACUUUGGCAGCUUCUGCUACGUUGUCAAGCCAGGGGUCUUUUCUGGAGGGGCAGUGCUCUCACUUGCCAGCGUGGCACUGGCAAUAGUUUACUACGUUGCCCUAUCAUCGGCGAAAAGUCCACCAAAUUGGGGUCCCCAGCAGAACCAAGGCAUCGCCAUGGGCCAACCUGUGAUCCCUCCACAGAGCAGCGAACCGGUGUUUGUCCACGAGGACACCUACAAUCGGCAGCAAUUCCCAUAAAUCAUGAUCUGUGCAAGCUGUUUCGAGGGCCAUUCUGAUACAUUAUGUUUGGUUUGUAUAGGCCUCCAGGUUAGAACAGUAGCAGUAACAAUUGUUGUUAGGUAGAGUCAUGUUUUUUGCUUUCUUCUUCCCCCUCUUUCUUGAGCGCUACUGUCGCACGUUCUGCUUCAUCACAGCGGAUAUUCGAUUUUACAUGAACCGGGCAAUGUUGAAGAAAGCUUGAGUUUCUUGCUAUUUGCAAAUUCUGAAGGUUUUACAUGAUAA